UAUGGCGUCUUGUGGCAGGUCGCAGGUGAUCUCUCUGUAUAGGAUGCUUAUGAAAGAAAGCAGGAAAUUUCCGUCCUACAAUUACAGAACAUACGCGCUGCGCAGAAUACAGGACGGGUUUAGGGCAAACCUGCACGUGGACAACCCCAAAACACUCGACAUGCUUCUAAGCCAAGCCAGGGAGAGCCUGGCACUUAUCAAAAGACAGGUGUCAGUUGGGCAAAUGUACUCCACUCAGAAGACCAUUAUUGAGGGCAACGAUCAGAGAGGUUUCUGAAUAACAGUGCAGCAGAAGAGUCAACCAGAGGUUCACUGAUAGACAGUGCUACAGGAGAGAACUAAAUGACUUGACACAAGCUUGGCACUGAA